CUUUGUUGACUCCUCCUCAGUGCAGAGGACUUCCUGGCUGGUGUGAGAAGCAGCCGGGAUCACAAAGGUGGUGGAAAGAUGAACUUCGUCAGCAACCAGCCUCCCUUCCUGAACCCAAUCGUCCCCUUCACUGGGCCCAUCCAAGGGGGCCUCCAGGACGGGCUUCAGAUCACUCUCAAUGGGAUUGUGCACCAGUCUGGUGCGACCAGGUUUGCUGUGAACUUUCAGACGGGCUUCAGUGACCAUGACAUUGCCUUCCACUUCAACCCUCGCUUUGAAGAGGGCGGGUAUGUGGUCUGUAACACAAAGCAGAAAGGAAGCUGGGGGACAGAGGAGAGGAAGAUGCAGAUGCCCUUCCAGAAGGGCAAUCCCUUUGAGCUCCGUUUCCUGGUACAGAGCACGGAUUUCCAGGUGACAGUGAAUGGGAACCUCUUCACGAAGUACUCACAUCGCGUGCCGUUCCACCUAGCGGACACCAUCUCUGUCACUGGUGCUGUGGGGCUGACCAACAUCAGCUUCCAGAACACCCGUGUCGUCCUUGUCCAGCCUGCCUUCUCCGGGAUGCAAUUUUCCCAGACAGCCUGUUUCCCCCCAAAGCCCAAGGGGCGCAAACCAAAACCCCUAGGGUUCUGGCAAGCCAACGCAGCUUUCAUGAACCCUGUGAUCUCACCUGAGAUGUACGCCAACCCCACCUAUCCGAUACCCUACUUCACUGCCAUCCCGAGUGGAAUGUACCCUUCCAAGAGCAUCACGGUGUCAGGCACUGUCCUGCCCAGCGCUCGGAGGUUCCACAUCAACCUGCGAUCUGGGAGUGACAUCGCCUUCCACCUGAACCCCCGUUUCGAUGAAAACACUGUGGUUCGAAACACACAGAUCAAUGGCUCUUGGGGACCCGAGGAGCGCGGCCUCCCCCGAGCUAUGCCCUUCUCCAGAGGCCAGGGCUUCUCGAUAAAUUCCUUUAACAUUUCGUAUAAUAAUGGCUUGGUGAUGAUGACCUCCUUCAACUUGACCUUAUCUGGAGAGCACUUGAGCUGCCCUUCCAUAUUAAAUGAUAGUUUGGCAGGAUGUAGGUCUGUGCCCUUCACAACCUGGAAUACUUCUUUCCAAUCCCUUAUGGCCUCUAAGUUUUCCUUUGAGAAAUGAGCUCACAGCCUUACGGGAACACCUUUGUAGGUAACUGUCUCCUUUUCUCUCUCUGCUUUUAAGGUUCUCUCCUUAUCUUUAAUCUUGGGUGACUACAUUAUGACGUGCCUUAGGGUGUUCUUCUUGGGUCCAAAUGUGUGGCCCAAGUCAACUGUUCUUCCAGCAUGACUUAGAGACACCAAAGCUAGGACUCACCUGGUAGAGUGAGGCCUGGGUAGGGCCACGCUGCCUGACAAGGGGGCAGCUCUCAGAGGCCACAGUGCAGUGGAGACCUCAGGGUUUCAAGGAGCCACCCAGGAAGACCUGAGGGGUUCCUCCUCAGAGACCUUGGAGGGAGCAGCUGUUACUGCAAAAGUGAGGGUCAGGGGCGUGGACUGUGCAGGAAGGGGGAGCCCGGGAGGCUGGAGGCCAGGAGAGCACAGCAGGGGCUCCCAACCCCUGCUACACAUUCAAGUCACCCAGAGAGCCUGACAUGGAAAGGCCCAGGUCUGGCCCCGCCCCGGGCCAAGCAGGGGGAGCCUGGGCAUCCGUGUUUUGAAUAGGCCCUGACACUCCUCCCCCGGGUAGCACACCACCCUUGUAGGGCCUUGAGGGCCACGG